AAAGAGUGAAGGUAACCCGUGAUCAUCUAGGACCAGGGCGACCGGGGCGCGCGAUCCUUUCUCCCGAGCACGACGCGACAGCGGCCGGGCUUGCAGACUUGACCUUCCACACCCUUGUCCUCUCACAAACGUCUCUUCCAGAGUUCAUUCUCGCAGAGCCCAGACUCUUGCUUUGCGUCCACGAUGAGCAGCAUGACCCAGAACCUACGAGAAGUAAUGAAGGUUAUGUUCAAAGUUCCCGGUUUUGAUAGAGUUUUGGAAAAGGUGACGCUUGUCUCGGCUGCUCCUGAGAAACUAAUCUGUGAGAUGAAGGUGGAAGAGCAGCAUACUAAUAAACUGGGCACGCUCCAUGGAGGCUUGACAGCAACCUUAGUGGACAGCAUCUCGACCAUGGCUCUAAUGUGCACAGAAAGAGGAGCACCCGGAGUCAGUGUGGACAUGAACAUAACGUACAUGUCACCUGCUAAGAUAGGAGAAGAAAUAGUGAUCACAGCACACAUUCUGAAGCAAGGAAAGACACUUGCAUUUGCCUCAGUGGAUCUGACCAACAAGACCACAGGAAAAUUAAUAGCACAAGGCAGACACACAAAACACCUGGGGAACUGAGAACAGCGGGAAGACCCGAAGAAGCCCAACAAUGCCAAGUAUGGUUUGUGAACAACUUUCUGAAAUAAAUUAUCAAAACC